GGAAGUGAACAACAUAAAUUUCUUAAAUUCCUGUUAACUGUUUAUUCGUCCUUGCCUAUGAAUUUCGAGGUCGAUAGAUUUGAUAAAAUUAAAGAAUGUUAUGAACCUUAUAAAAACGAGAUCCUGUUGCUUUUACAUCCCUUUUAAAAUAUUGUGACUAACAAUGAAUCUAUGAUCUUUUAGAAGUGUAACAAUUGCAUGCCACCUAACGGCGAAUUUACUGAACUUGCCAAAGAAAUCCGGAAACUGGCAGAUAUUUUACUGGCUAAUAAAAAAAAAGGCUGCAUUUCUGAUAGCGCCGAUGAUCCUCCAGAAAAUCCAAAACCCCAAAUAUUAGACCAUGAAAGUUCUCUAAUGGAAGAAAUUGUGAACGCCGCUGCUGAUUUUAAGAACGAAUAUGAAAACACGACAUCAUCAGUCCCUGAUUUAUCGCCAGGCAGAAUAGAGGAAGAUACAAACGAAAAUGGAGAGGAUAGAAAUACAAAUGAGCCGUCAAAAAAUGAGUCAACCACAGAAAUCGUCAUGCAUUUGCAAGCUGCAGGUGAAUUCCCCUCCUCCUUUUCAUAUGGAUUCCCCUUCAAAGAAAUAAAUUCAGAUAAGAAAUUAACUGUACCAGCUGAAGUACCUUCGGAAUUACGUAAGCCUCGCUUUCCCAGAGUUGAUGCCGCCCAACCCUCUGAGAAUUCACCUCAAGCCGAGUGGAGAAUGACUCAUGCGCUUUACGAUCGUAUUACAGAAGUUAUAGGAACUUUCACUGACAAACAUUUAAAAGAUACCAUUUCCAGUGCUGACACUCGUCCUGCUUCGUAUUUAGAAAAGAACAAAAAGUCCGGUGAUGAUACCUCUGACUAUAAAAAUCCCAGUGCUAUCGAAAGUCUGCUUUCACUAGUAGCAGAGUCAAUGUCGGACAAUGAAAAGGCGCAACAAGUUAAUGCCUCUUUAAGGCAUCUUUAUGCUCGGGAUAUAGUUUUCCGGCAGAAUUUGAAUCUGGUUUUGCGACUAGGGUAUGGUUCCGCUGAGACACCUGCAAGUUCAGUGCGUUCUUUUGAACAAAUUUCGCGAGCCAUGGAAUGUAUUCGAGUUGUGGAAGCUAUGUAUUCUCCCAUCAAUGUCCCCGUAAUCGAAUCCUUACGGAAAGCGAUCCUUGAUAAAUUGUUACAUUAUUUCAUGAAGUCGCCGGAGAAAUUGCGCUGUGUUGUUUGCCUUCCAAAACGUCGAACGAAAUAAUUUUUAUGGCAGAAGUUUCAGUUUUCUAUUUCAAGAGUAAAUGUCCUGUGAGGAAGUGAUCCUUUCCGUUCUACAUAUUUAGAAAUUAAUUCAGCACAUAUUUGGAGAGAUUCAAUUUGAGGAUUUAGUGCCUUUAAUUAUUCAGUACCAAUAAAGUAGA